GUUCGUUUAAAUAUGGCUGCUGUAAGAGGAUGUCAGUUUAUUGAACAGCUGGUGUGUGCCAUAACGGCGGUGUUUUUUCUUAAAUUUAAUAAGCAGAUAUUCGAGUAACGUAACGUUUAUAAAAGCGGCGAUCAAUGACAGAUGUAUCAGAUGUAUGGCAGGUAACGUUAACGUCACCGGUCGUAUGCACGCGCAUGUAUACCAGAUCGUGAUUUGGCUCAGUGGAUGACUAACUAGUUUCACUGCAAAGACUUUAUUUCUGCUUUCAGGUUCACGUGCUCAAAAUGACCUCUCUGUAUGAAAUGUGUGUUUUAUUCCUUCAACGGUGGGUGUAUUAAGAAUGGCACCAGGUACUGUACUGUAUUUCUGCUGAUGUAUUCACGUAUACUCGGUGAACAUGAUCGGCUCACCAGAUUUGGUGGCGUUUACCCAAGAAGAUGACUUUGGGGAAUCACCAGAUCCAUCGUUGCUUCCUGAAGAGUUUUCUGUGCCUUUGUUCAACCAUACUGCCAGUACAAAUCCCUGGACGAAGACAUCUUAUGCAAAAUUUUCUAAAGAUUUCAUACUCAUCUCUGAGUUUUCAGAGCAGGUCGGUCCACAGCCAUUACUCACCAUUCCCAGUGAUCCCAAAGUGUGUGGGACAUUUGACCUGAACUAUUUUUCCCUUCGCAUCAUGUCUGUGGACUACCAGGCCUCUUUUGUGGGACAUCCUCCUGGUAGCAACUACCCGAAGCUCAAUUUUGUGGAGGACUCGAAAGUCGUCCUGGUUGAUUCCAAGGAGGGAGCGUUUGCCUACGUACAUCAUCUGACGCUGUACGAUCUGGAAGCGCGUGGAUUUGUACGCCCAUUUUGCAUGGCCUAUAUUUCGGCGGACGAGAAAAAGAUCAUGCAGCAGUUUCAAGAACUGUCGUCCGAGUUCUCCAAGGCUUCGGAAAUGCUCAAAUCGGGAAACAGGACGGCUUUUGCGAAUGAACUGGAAAAGAAACUGAAAGAUUUGGAAUACACCCGAUCGGUGUUGCACAAAGAGACAGAGCUGCAGAAAAUAAACAACGGCUGUUACUCCACACAAGCUAUUGAGAAGGCAAAUGAAUUGGCUAAUGUUGAAAAGUCUAUCUAUGAACACAAAGAUCUGCUUCGACAAAUCACAUCUUAUCCUUUCAGGAAAAAGAAAGAUAAGGAUUUUGUGCAAAGCGAGACAGAGAAACAAGCCGACACAAGUUCAGCAGAUAAUCCACCAACUAGUAAACAUUCUGACAACGCAGUCAAAUCUGUAAAUGAAACCGAAAGCGAAAACAGAAAGUCCUCGUACACACCUCAGUUUAUAAAGGCUAAGUCCGCCAAGUGCUUUGAUAAACGCUUGAAAACGCUUGAAGAGCUUUGCGAAACAAACUUUUUUCACCAAACUCUCGAACAACUCAACCUACUUGAGAAGUCAUUCCGAGGAGAUCUCUGUUUUAUUUAUACCAGCCAGAUCACCAGAGCUCUUCUGACCAAACAAAAAGUUACUAGUUUUCUCUUCGAACCUGAAGCAGACUGGAAAGAGGAAACCUCAAAGAAUUUCAGUAUUAGUCCGAACAAUUUUCCAGUCCCCAUUCUCAAUUUAUCUGGCGAGCGGAUGAGCCUCGAGUCAUACACCACCUGCGAAGAUGUGGACCACGUGAAACCCAGUGUGGAAGGCCCACCUGAAUCCAGUACAUCUGACAUCACACAGGAGACGUCUGAAGCGGCAGACACAGAAACCAAAGGGAGUUUCGGUAGUGACAAGAGCAUUGAGGCCUUUGUAAGUGUUAGUCCUUCCAACAUCCAAUCAAAUUUCUUUGAUGCUAUCGAAAGAAACAAAAUGUCCAUCGCUUCCUCAUCUGAGAAUCAAAAGGUGACCAACACCCCACAUAGGACAUCUCAUGGAAGUCCGUCUGAGGUGUUCAGGACCGAAAAUCUUGUUCCGAUCGACACCGCUUGCUGUAUUGGACAGGAGGGAUUUAUUUAUGAGGAGCCUUCACCUGAGCUUGCUCAAGAAUGUUGUGGUGACACGGUGGUCAACCAAGAGCCUUUGUCCUUUCUUCAGGGAGAUCCUGCCUUACAAAUGGACUUCAUCCUUGAAGACUCAAGCCCCAAUACAGGGUUAAUUUUUCCUGAACUAAACACUAGUGUGCUUUCAGAGGAGGUGGCAAGAAUUAACAUAGAAGAUGUUGCCGAUAAUAUGAGUUACAUGAGCACCUCCACCAGCUCUGACAGGGCAACAUCUCCUUUCACUUAUGGAAGUGCAUUAACAAUAAAGCAGAAGAAGAAAGCUGGUCACAGCGCUCUUCGGUUUAUCCGGCAAUAUCCGUUCGCUCAGCAGGCCAUCUUCUGCCUUCUGAGUGGCCGAACGCUCAUUAUACUAGGGACAGAUGAGGGCACGGUACGGAAGCUGAUCAAUGCUUUGUUUAUUUUUGUGCCCAACCUCGGCAAGUAUGGCGAAUCCGUCCAGCCGUGGCUCUGUUCGCCAUUUCAACUUACCGACUUGCAGAGAUGGAAACUUAUUGGAUUGCAGAGAGCUGCCUCGCCUGCAGGAUCCAACAUACUCCACUCUUUGAAUCGAUACAGCCGUUACAUAAGCAUUUUGGACUGCGACAACAAGACCCUUCGAUGCCCACCACACAAAGGAACACUAAUAAGCCAUUUGGCAGACCACAGGACUCAGAUCAAACGUGGCAGCACCUACUUUCUUCAUGUUCAGAGCAUGUUGACUCAGCUUACGGCGAAGGCCUUUCUAUACACGUUCUGUCAUCACGUUCACCUUCCCAUGGACAUCACCGACCAGGGCUCGGUGACAUCACGCAGGACUAAUUUCUUGUUACAGCUCGGUUACACUGUGGAAGAAAGUAAAAUCGUCCAGUACCUGAGUGAGCUCAUCAAGCAGCAUUACAUAAUUCAGGGGCCAUCAAAAGGGGUCAACCAGUCUUACUUUACUUUUAAUUACACCACCAGCUAUUUGUACAAAAUCUGAAUGUGUCAAUUGUAUUCAGUUUUCGAAACUUAUGUUUUCAAGAUCAAAUCAAGAGACCAAAUGUAGUGAAUGUAAGUGUAAAUCUCACAUUUCUGAUUUUUUAAUAUCCCAUGGCAUUCCAGGAAGCAGAGGGUUAAAAGUUUGAUUUUUGCUAACAUGGUCUUGAAUAUUUGUUUAAUGUAGUACAUAUUUAAAUAUAGUGAACUUAACAUACAAUGUUCGUUCUUGGUAAAAUAGAGAAAACUGAUCAUGUGAUUUAAAUACCUUACAAAAGGUGCUCCAAAAUCAAUAACUAGACAUCAGUUACAGCUUUUUUUAAAGGUACAGUUCACCCAAAAGUAUAAAUCCUGUGGUCAUUUACUCGCCCUCGAGUUGUUACAAACCUGUAUAAAUUUCUUUGUUUUGCAUUACACAAAUGAAGAUAUUUUGAGCAAUGUUUGUAUUUGUAACCAAACAGUUUUUGAGCACCAGUAUUUUGUUUUUCUAUGGAAGUCAGUGGUGGUCUUGCUUUCUGCUUGGUUACAAAUAUCUUCCUUUGUGUUUACGAUUGCAGAAUUUUCAUUUUUGGGCUAAACUAUCCCUCAUUUAAAGAUGAGAUGGUUACAAGCUUUGUGACAGAUACAGCUGCACAGAUGGAGAGUCCCUAAUCAUGAAUUAAUCUGAUCCUGGUAACUUGUUUAAUAAUUCACAAUGUUCUUCCACAUUCAUAAGCCAUGCAAUGUUGAAACAUGAAUAUCAUGCGUAUAUUUACUAUAGAGUUUAUAGCAGUUUCAGGUGAACAGUAUUAUGUGUUCAAUAUGCUGCUAUUUACAUUUCUAUAGUAGCCUUUAUGAAAUUGUGCCAUUUUAUAAUCUGAUUGAAAAAUGUGUUCAAAUUAACCAUCAAUUGGUGAGUUGGUCAAUAUUUUAAGCCGCCUAGUAAUGGCAUUCUUGGCUUGUUAAUUUAUUAAUAAGUCAAGUGAAUUAUUAAUGCCAAGUUUUCACCUUCUUACCUCUAUUAUCUGAAAUAUGAAUCUGAUGGAAAACGAUUGACAUAAUACAUAAACACAAAGAGAUUAUGAUUUUAAUUGCAAAAAUAGAGUUGCCGACUGUCGUGUGUUUUGAUGUAUUUAUGUGACGAGGUGAAAGAAUGUACUGCAUGUUAAAAUGUCACAUUGUGGAGAUCUGUUACACAACUUGCAUGUUUGAAGACCAUGAAGAUUCAAUGAUGGCAAAAAUAUGGUGGAAUUUAUAGACACUUCCAUUGUAUAUCAUGUAUAAUUCAGCCUUUUUAAAUAUGAAUAAUUGAUAUAAAUCAUUGUGUGUGAGCUAUGUCAGCAUGAUUUACUGUGUGGAUGGUGCGGCACGUGUUUCUGUUGGUUGUCACAGUGAUUCUGAAAUGAAUGAUAAUGAUGGUUGAUGCAAAAAAAAAAAAAAAACAUUGUAAUUGCUAUUCCCACUACUGCAUGAUCGCAGUUGUAGUCCAAAAUUACAGCCCUUUUAACCACUACUGUGUUACAUCAGAAGUGUGUCUGUUUUAGUCACCCGGUGAUUAUCGGCCUUUGUACUGAUUUGUCAGAGACAGAUUUGCAUAUAAAUGCAAAGUCUGUUGAAUGUGAAUUUAGAAUAAGCCAUACCAUUAUACGCACAUUAUCUUCUAAGAAGGUUACUUUCUUUUUACUGUUUUUUGAACAAAUUUGCUCGUCUUAAUGGUACAUUUUUGUUGCUGCAUUUUAUUUUUCAUUUGUUUCACCACAGUAUUGUGAGCUUGUCUGGGUUAAAGGUGAAGUGUAAUCUUUUUGCUAAAAUAUUUAUGGAUGUUAAGUAAAUGUCACAGGUCACCCCUGUGCUUUGAUUACU